AUGGAGGCCAAAGCUAGUGUAGAAGAACGUGCCCAGAAUGUCCAGGACUUACUUCAAGUGCUGAUGAACAUUAACACCAUCAAUGGCGGCAACUCCGAUACAGCUCAGAAUAUGAAAGUCCAUGCUAAGAACUUCGAAGCUGCGCUAUAUACGAAAAGCUCCUCCAAGAAAGAAUAUAUGGAUAACAUGCACGAAAAGGUGCGUAAGAUGCGCGAGACCCUCGAUAAACGGAAGAAGGAUUUGAUUCUACAACAGAAUAAACAACGUCAAGUGCAAGCACAGGCUCAGGCACAGGCUCAACAGAAACAUUCCAUGCAGAUGCAGAUGCAAGCACAAAUGCAACCGCAGGGUCAGUCGCAAGGCCAAGGGCAAGGCCAGUCACAACAAUCUCAACAGCAACCUCAAUCCCAACAGCAACCGCAAAACCUUGCUCAGGCUUACCCUCAGAUGAAUCCUCAGAUGUUUUUAAACCAACAAGCUCAGGCUCGUCAACAAGUCGCUCAACAGCUACGUAACCAACAUGCUCCACACCAACCAUCAGAACCAACUGCUAGUCCUGCUCCACCACGUCCACAAUUCACCUCACAACAACAACAGAUCAUUAACCAGAUGAAAAUAGCCCCCAUCCCACAAGAGUUACUGGAUAGGUUACCACGUAUUCCACCAGGUGUAAACACAUGGCAACAAAUUACAGAACUAGCACAACAAGGUCGUCUUUCUGCUUCUGACAUGAAGGCUGCUAAAGAAGUUUACAAGCUACAUCAACAGUUGUUAUAUGCAAAACGUCCUCAACAACAACAACAGCAACAGCAACAGCAACAGCAACAGCAACAGCAACAGCAACAGCAACAGCAACAGCAACAACAACCUCAACAACAACAGCAACAACAGCAACAGCCUCAACAACAACAGCCUCAACAGCAACAGCCUCAACAGCAACAGCCUCAAUCUCAACAACAACCUCAACAAGAACCUCCAAACGUUCUUGGCCAAAUCCAUCAGAUUUUCUCUCCAGAUGAACAAAAGGCCCUGUUACAAGAAGCCAUGGAGGCAUGCAAGACUUUUCAAAAAAACCAUUGCACCCCUUCCACUGCUGCUCAAUUUAAUAAACAAGCAUUUAUUAGAAAAUAUAUCAAUCAAAAAGCUCUAAGAAAAAUACAAUCCAUUAGACAAUUACAACGACAACAAUCAAAUGCCAAUGCAAACGCACCUGCUUCUGCAUCCGCCAAUAACAAUAACAAUAACAAUAACAAUAACAAUAACAACAACAACAACAACAACAACAACAACAACAACAACAACAACAAUGCAAACAACCAACCUCCUUCUCAAGUACCUGCAUCUGCAAACUCAAAUGCUCCUGCUCCUCCUCCACCUUCUUCUAAUCCUGCUGCCCCUCCUCAGGCUGCUGCUACUGCCGCUGCUCCUCCUCGUCAAUCUAUAAUGCAAGCUUUUGCUCCUACACAACAAGAUAUAGAAAUCGUCAAGAGGAUCUCGGCCGAAGCCGCAAGAACUCCUCUAAGAUUAUCCGAUAUCACAAACUCACUUUCCAUGCAAGAAAGAGAUGAAAUCAAACGUAAAUUACAAUUAAACCAACAAUUGUUUGCUCAAGUGAGUAACUACACUCCUCAAGUCUACAUCCUCACUAAAAACGAAAACUUCUUGAAGGAAGUAUUGCAAUUGCGUAUCUUUGUUAAAGAAAUCAUAGAAAAAUGUUCCAAGGGGAUCUAUGUCGUUAAAUUGGAUACCGUGGAUAAACUGAUUGUCAAGUAUCAGAAAUAUUGGGAAUCCAUGAAAAUACAAAUCUUGAAGAGACAACAGAUGAUUCGUCAAGCUCAAUCUCAAUCUCAAACUCAACCACAGUCGCAACCACAAACUCAGCAACAAUCUCAACCACAAACCCAACCUCAAUCUCAGCCACAAUCACAACAGCAACAACAACAACAACAAUCCCAGCAACAACAGCAACAAUACAACAACAUCUCCCAAAACCAACAACGUGUACAAGGCUCCAUUCAACACAUUCAGCAGCAAUUCCAUUACCAACAAUCUCCUUCUCCGAAUUCUAUGUCUCAACAACCUCAUUCUAGAUCGCAAUCUCAAAAUACUCCUCAAUUGCAAUUCCAAAGGAAACAGAGUAAUUCUCAACCAAACAUUUAUAAUCAAAUGCAAAAUAAUCAAAUGAAUUCUCAGGCUCAGGCGCAAGCUCAGGCACAAGCACAAGCUCAAGCACAAGCACAAGCACAAGCUCAAGCACAAGCACAAGCACAAGCUCAAGCACAAGCUCAGGCACAAGCUCAAGCUCAAGCUCAAGCUCAGGCACAAGCACAAGCACAAGCACAAGCACAAGCACAUGCACAAGCACAAGCUCAAGCUCAAGCUCAAGCUCAAGCUCAAGCUCAGGCCCAGGCGCAAGCACAGGCACAAGCGCAAGCCCAGGCACAAGCUCAAGCUCAAGCACAAGCCCAGGCGCAAGCGCAAGCACAAGCUCAAGCACAAGCCCACGCUCAGGCCCAAGCUCAAGCACAACAAUCAAAAGCAUCCUCUCAAAGAGCUUAUGCAAAUUCCCCAUCUCAUCCACAAUCCAUUUCUCCAUCCAAAAAUACAAGGAAAUCAUCCAUACCUCCAAAUAUAAGAUCCAAACAACAAUCAUCAAAUUCAAACUCUACUUCCAAUUCCACCUCAAAUUCAAAUGCAAAUACCCCAUCUUCGUCCACAAAUAUAAAGAAAAAAUCUCCUUCUGCAUCAAAUAAAGGUACUCCUCAAACAAUCAUGACUACAGGUACUACUCCAAACUUACAAAAUAAUGCUACUCUUUCUCAAACAAUUAUAAAUUCUCCUUCCAAUUCAAACUCAAUGUUAAAAAAUAAUAAUUCUAUAAAUUCUCUUUCACCUUUCUCAAAUAUUCAACCAAUAAAUUUUAAUCCUGCAUUAAAUAUGACUUCCGCUUCAAAUGAUAAUCCUUUUAAAAAUGAAGAAUUGAAUUUGAAACAAUUAAAUAUCAACAAGAUGGAAAUCAUAUCAAGAUACAAACAUCGUAGAGAAUUGUUAUCAAACUCUCCUAUGGAUUUAUUCCUGUCCACUCUAGGUGAUUGUUUAGGUAAAAAUGAUCAUGAUUUAGAAUUAGUCAAACCAAUCCCCAAAGCAGUAAGUGAUUUUAUUAAUGGUACAGGAAAGAAAAAAAUUACAAAAAAUAUUCAAAAAUUAAGAGACCAAGAUGUUGUAAAUGUAUCAAUAACAAAUAAUAACAAGAAUCUAAUCAUGGAUUCUAAAUUCUUACGCAAUAAUAACAAUAAUAAUAAUAGUCAUCCAGAAUUCUCUUCUUCUUCAUUACCACAGUCAAAUUAUAAAAUUGAUAGAAAUUCUUUAUAUUCCGUUUUCAAUUGCAUCAAUAAUAAAAAUAUUAAUUUCUCUACAAAUUCAAAUUCAACUUCAACAAAUUCUAUUUCAAACAAACAAAAUUUAAUCCCACCAACUCCAAUGGAAAGUAAUAAUUUGAAAAAAAGAAAAUUAGAUGAUUUAGAAAUAAGUCCUUCAAAUUCUUCACCGACUCAAACUUUCACGAUGUCGGAAUCUAAAAAGAUUAAAAUAGAUUCUCCGGAAGAUAUGUUUAAUAAUUCCACCGCAAAGAUUCAAAAUUCAAAACUACAAAAUCAAGUUAAUAUUUGGGAUUGGGAUUUUUGGUCUCAGACUCAAACUAAUUGA